ACAAAGCAAAUCCAAACCUAAACCCUUGAUUUCACAAUGGCCUCUGGGGAAGAGAAGUAUCGUUCGCUUUUGCGUGGAGAUGAAGAGAAAAACACCAAAUGGAGAUAUGGGGUUCCUCCUAACUAUGAUGUUGUCAACAAACUCUUUGAAGAAGAGAGGACUAAUGUAUGGCCUGUUGGGUCACUUGAAGAGAGGGUGCAAAGCCUAGUGAAAAAUUUUGAGAUGGAAAUGUUCCAUAAGAUAUCACGCAAUGACUUCAGAACAUUAGAUUUAGACAAGUAUACUUUCAGUCUCAAUGGAAGAAAGCCUUUAGCUGUUGAAGAAGUAAGUAAACUCGGAGGUUACAAUCCCUUUCUUCAGACCUCUCUCCCUGAGGAGUAUAGGUACUAUAAUGCUGCAAAGGAGACUGCCGAAUCGUCUCACCGAACUUUCAGUGCGACGUUCCUUAGAGGUUUUGCUCUUGAAAUUAUCCAAGUUUAUUCAGGGCCCCCAAAUAUUGUGUUCAAGUUCAGGCAUUGGGGCUACAUGGAGGGGCCUUUUAAAAGCCAUGCCCCCACUGGGGAGAGAAUUGAAUUCUAUGGAGUUGCCAUUUUUAAGGUGAAUGAGAAAGAUAAAAUUGAGGGGGUAGAGUUCUUUUUUGACCCAGCGGAAUUGCUUGGAAAACUCCUGAAAGGUCCUAGCUUGGAUGGCUUGGUUGAAAAGGCGGUUUCGAGCUGCCCUGUCUUGAGAAGCACGGGGUAGAAUAUUAAUUUGUGAUUCAAUAUUUCAAUCUUCUACCAAUUUAUUGCCUGGGAUUACAAGUAUAUCAAGAAGCAAACAAAUGUAACCACAUCAUUAUCUACUAGUUGAAAUAAAGCUCUAUCUCUUUCGUGUUCCUUUUUC